CCUCCGGGGUUUAGCAGCCACGUGAGUUCUCCGUGGCGGCCGCUGCGCUCGCGGUGGGCAGCAUGUCGGCGGCGGCGGCGGCUCGGAAGCGGGCAAGGCCGGCCUCGGGGGCCGCGGCCGGUGCGGGGGCCGGCAAGCGGCGGCGAAAGGCCGACUCUGCCGGGGACCGGGGCAAGUCCAAGGGAGGCGGCAAGAUGAAUGAGGAGAUUUCCAGCGACUCUGAGAGUGAGAGUCUGGCUCCUAGGAAGACUGAGGAGGAAGAGGAAGAGGAGCUGGAGGAGACAGCCCAGGAGAAGAAGCUUCGCUUGGCCAAGCUCUACCUGGAGCAGCUCAGGCAGCAAGAGGAGGAGAAGGCCGAGGCCCGGGCAUUUGAGGAGGACCAGGUGGCAGGGCGCCUGAAGGAGGAUGUGCUGGAGCAGAGGGGCAGGCUGCAGAAGUCGGUGGCAAAGGAGAUUCAGGGCCCAGCCCCGGCUGACAUCCGCGUCUUACGGGGGCACCAGCUCUCCAUCACAUGUGUGGUCAUCACCCCCGAUGACUCUGCCAUCUUCUCUGCUGCCAAAGACUGCACCAUUAUCAAGUGGAGCGUGGAGACUGGACGGAAGCUUCACGUGAUCCCACGGGCCAAGAAGGGUGUUGAGGGGCAACCCCCCAGCCACAGCAGCCAUAUUCUCUGCAUGGCCAUCUCCUCUGACGGCAAGUACCUUGCCUCGGGUGACCGCAGCAAGCUCAUUCUCAUAUGGGAGGCCCAGAGCUGCCAGCACCUGUACACUUUCACAGGCCAUCGGGAUGCCGUGUCGGGUCUGGCAUUCCGCAGAGGAACCCACCAGCUCUAUAGCACAUCCCAUGACCGCUCUGUGAAGGUGUGGAACGUGGCAGAGAACUCCUAUGUGGAGACACUCUUUGGGCACCAGGAUGCCGUCGCUGCGCUGGAUGCCUUGAGCAGGGAGUGCUGUGUGACGGCUGGGGGCCGGGACGGGACGGUGCGUGUGUGGAAGAUUCCUGAGGAGUCCCAGCUUGUCUUCUAUGGCCACCAGGGCUCCAUCGACAGCAUCCAGCUUAUCAAUGAGGAGCACAUGGUAUCGGGCGCAGAUGAUGGCUCUGUGGCCUUGUGGGGUCUCUCUAAGAAGCGGCCGCUCGCCCUGCAGCGUGAGGCCCAUGGGCUGCGGGGGGAGCCAGGCCUCGAGCAGCCCUUCUGGGUAUCAGCAGUGGCGGCCCUGCUCAACACGGACCUUGUAGCCACAGGCUCCCACAACUCUUGCGUGCGGCUCUGGCAGUGUGGGGAGGGCUUCCGGCAGCUUGAACCUCUCUGCGACAUUCCCCUGGUGGGUUUUAUUAAUAGCCUCAAGUUCUCCAGUUCGGGGGAUUUCCUGGUGGCUGGGGUCGGGCAGGAGCACAGGCUUGGCCGCUGGUGGCGCAUCAAAGAGGCUCGGAACUCCGUCUGCAUCAUCCCACUCCACAGGGCACCCAGGCCCCCUGCGGCAGGCUCCUGACUCCUCUCCCCUUUAUUUAAGUCCUUUCCAGACCAGGCCCUGCCCUCUUUGUAUUAAAAGCCUCCUCUUUUGGGCUUUGUCUCUUGAAGCUUCUCGGCUGGGGAGGGAGGGUGAUGGCAGGACUGUGGGGUGGGGCAGGGCUCCCACCAGCAUCUCUGAUGCCUAAGGGCUUUCUGUCCUUCCAUGGAACCUGGGGAUGGAGACCUCAUCCACCUCCUGGUCUCUUGAGUAUCCUCUGUGACCUUAUUAGGCCAGCUCCCCACCCACUGCUCUGGGCUGCGAGGGGUCAGAAGCUGCAGACCCCUUGGCUAGGGAGCCAUGGCUGUCCAAUUAUGUACCAGGGCUGGCUGUCAGUCAGAAUUGAAAUGAAGAAAGCUAGGCCUGCAUGUCAGGCUGACCUGGCCCACUCAGGCCAGUUCAGGAAGCUAGAGAUGGGUGGGGGAGGGGGAUACCACACUGCCUACUACCUGAGGACAAGUGUCAGAGUUGAGAAUAGCUCUGCCCUUGGUCUGAAUGCCAGCCAGGCUGUCACAAGAAUGUGCUUUUUGCUGAUUUUAUCUACUGGACAAUUUACUCCUGCCACUGGCGGAGCCAGGAGAGACAGACCAGAGAUGUAGAAGUGCAGGAAAGUGUCCUCUUAAUGGGAAAAAGGAAAUGUUAUGGGUUCUGCUCUAACCUUUUUGUAACCCAUUGGGCUCAACCAAGAGGCAGCAUGGUCCCCUCGGGAGGAAGUCACAGGGCUUCUCUCCUGCUACCAUGCUCAGGAGGCUUCCCCUCAGACAGACCUGCUCUCGCCUGCCUUCAUUUCACCUGGGGCCAGAGAGGUCAGGUUCAGAUCAAAGCCCUGAAAAUCCUGUUCUGAAUCAGAAGAUGGUGAUAGAAUUCGCUUCCUGUGUCUUGCCUCACAUUGAGCUCAGUGAUGGCAUACACACACUUUCCAAAAGCCAUGGCAUAGCAACACGGCAGUGCACCUUAAUACAUGAACCCCUUUCCCAUGGUACACUCCUAUUUGGAGAAAUCCACAGUCUUGAAUCCUUGCUCCUCUAUAAAUAAUGCAUCAUUUUUCUUCUGGCUGCUUUUAUAAUUUUUUUCAUCUUUGAUUUUCAACAGUUUGUGAUAUGCCUGAGUAUGGUUUUCUUGGAUGUAUCUUUGUUUUUUAUUGUGUUAAGAUGUAACAAAAGCUUAUCAUUAUCAUUUUU